AAUGUAACAUAUAUAACUCUUGGUGGGUAUGUGGAAAUGGGCAAAUACAGGUAUUUUUAUGUAUAUAUUCUAACAAUCUGCUUUAAUUGCACCAUUGUGUACCUUAUCUGGAUACACAAGAACCUCCAUGAGCCAAUGUACAUCUUCAUUGCAGCUUUGCUACUGAACUCUAUUGUUUACAACACUGCUAUGUACCCAAAGAUGUUAAGUGACUUUUUAUCUGAAGAACAGCUCAUAUCAUAUUCAGCAUGUCUCUUUCAGUUUUUUGUAUAUUACAACUUAAGUGCUUCAGAUUUCUUCCUGUUGUCCGCCAUGUCUUAUGACAGGUAUGUGGCGAUAUGUAAACCUCUGCGGUAUGCAGCCAUCAUGAGAAGAAGCACAGUGACCAGUAUUCUGGUUCUAGCUUGGCUUGUGCCUGCUGGUGAGAUGGCAGUCUCAGUAACUCUGGUUACUAACUCAAAACUCUGUAAUUCAGCUUUAAGAGCAUUGUUUUGUAACAAUUCACUUUACAAACUCUUCUGUGAGAGUUCGAGAGCACUAUCUGUAUUUGAUGUGCUGGCGCUGCUGAGCAUGGCACUCUUCCCUUUGCUCUUCAUACUGUUUACAUACACCAGAAUACUUAUGAUAUCAUAUAGAAGUGGUAGAAAUGUCAGGAAAAAAGCUGCUCAGACUUGUUUACCCCAUCUGAUAGUUUUAAUCUGCUUUUCAUCUUUGUGUGGAUAUGAUGCCAUUGUAAUUCAACUGGGAUCUGAUUUACAUUUCAUGAUGACUUUACAAGCGUUUCUCUAUUAUCCUCUAUUGAAUCCAGUUAUAUACGGACUAAAGGUGAAAGAAAUCUCUAAACACCUGAAGACGUUGUUCUGUGAAGCCAAAGUGAUGUAA